UCGAAAAACGUGCCUUCAGGGAAUGGAAAGGGAAAUGGCUUCUUCAUAUCCCUCUCCUUGUGAGCAGUCUCAGCAGUACCAUCUCUCUCUUAAUACUGUAGACUUAUUGUCCGUCAGGGAGUGGGAUGAAAGAGACAAGAUAUAUAUGCACAUAAAGAUGUGAAUUGAAGGAAACGGAGAGGAGCAAUGUGCAGAUAUUACUGCAGCUUUCCGGGCUACAGUAUAAAGCAAACCACCGUCCCCUUUCUUCCACACGCGCUGCUUCUCAGCCCUUCUCCUUCUCAUGCCUUGAUCUCUUUCUGCUUCUCUUUACCACCUUCCAUGGCUGCUCUCUUUCCUGGCAGCGGGAACAACAACAACAGCACCGACAAGUUAGACGCCGAUGCGCUCUCUUGCUCCUCCGCCGCCGUCACUGGCAGCGCCGGCGAUAACACGACCUACGUGCACGCCGACCCGGCCAACUUCCGAGCCUUGGUGCAGAGGCUGACCGGCCCCGCUGGAAACUACUCCUCCGUCCACAAGCUGCCUGUCGCGAGUCCCGCCGCCGCUCGGAACGUGGGGUCCAAGAGGCAGAAGCUUCAGGAGAGGAGGCGGGCCUCCACCAAACUCGAGAUCGACAUUGGCCAUUCUCUCUACCGCGCGAGCUCGACGACUCGUUGCUACCGACCUCAUCAUCACCACUGUUCCAAUACAACAGUAAGUCGGAGGAACGGAGACGAGGUAGGGCUGCUGCUAUCUCCGAUAUCCACCAUUGACUCUUGCUUGCUCGCCUCUUCUGCGAGUCCAACCACUGCCACCAAAGAUGAAGAGGAAGAUAGAGCGAUCGCAGAGAAGGGGUUCUAUCUGCACCCUUCUCCUGGGAGUUACAACGGCGAUCCACCAAAGCUUCUCCCAUUGUUCCCUCUCCAUUCUCCUAAGAACUCCGUUUCUUCCUCGGAGUGAUUGCCCCUUUUUUUUUUUCUUAUUCUUAUCGUUGCUGUCA